AAUGAAUUUCGAUUUUCCGUUAUAUCGAUAUACAUGAUAAUAUUUUGUUACAUUUACAAUCACGAUAAAUGAAAUAUCCACCAAUGACCAAUCCGUUUUGUUUAUAUAUAUAUAUAUAUAAACCCAAUACCUACAUGCUUAAGCUGUACAUCCUAGUUUUCUGCAAACAGGUUGGGAUGAAAAGCUACGAACGGAAACGUACUUAUCCUAUGAAAUCCAGUAAAGUAAUCCAUUCAACCACUUUUACAACGAAAUACGCAAGCUACUUGGUUCCAGCUCUAACAAACAUCGGCAGGUUACGAGCAUCGUGCGACGUCGAUGAAGAAACGAAGAAGAUGGUUAGGUAUGAAGUGGACAUGGCAUUGGCUUUAUCGGCCAAAGGGUUCGCUUGGAGCCGUGCCUUGAAACACAAGCUUCGACUGAACUACAAGGACGAUGAUCGUGUAGGAGAUGGUCACGGUGAGCCCGUAACGAAGAAACCGAAAACCGAACACGAAGAGGAAGAGAGGAUGAUGUGUUUGAGGAAGCUUAUACCAGGAGGGAAAGAGAUGAUGGCUGAUGAUGAAAUGCUGUUGAGUGAAUUGGGAAGCUAUGUUUCAUGUCUUGAAUUACAGGUGAAUAUUCUUAGAUCAAUGCUUCAAAAUAAUUAAUUUUUUUUUUAAUUUUGGAAGUUAAUUUCUAUUGAGGCAUGCAAUAUUCAAUGUGUGGAAAUUGCUGGCCCCAUAUAUUGGCUCAUUUUGUUUCCUAGGUCAAAUUUUGUUAUUAGUCCCUAUACUAUGUCUAGGUUGUUAAUUUAGUACUUGUACUCUAGUUUGAUCAAAUUUUAGUCCGUGUACUUUUUGAAUGUUGAAGUUUAAGUCUUCGCCCAAUCAGUAAUAGUUAAAACCAUUUGGUUAAA